AUGCUAUCCGUCAGCCUUCUCCGCCCCGUCUUUGGUACUGGUUCCUUGGCUACCAGGUUGCUGUCUACUUCCGUCAGCAGAUCCAGAAAGGUCAUUGACCCCACUCUGCCCGUCGUUCCCAAAGUCUCCAACAACAGUCCUUACCCCAUCUUCUUCAAAGAAUAUCUCGCCACCAACGGCAACAACUAUCGCGAUGCCAGCGGCAAGUUGAACAUGAAAGAGAUCACUGUCGCUGCCGGAUCUGCUUUCAAUGCUCUUCCCCAGGCCGAGAGAGAUGUCCUCCAAAAGCGCGCUUCGGACGAGAGGAAGAGGACUGCCGAGGAGUACCGCCAGUUCUGGGUGUCUACAAGUAAGGACACCAAGUCGGCUAUCGAGCAGGCCACCGGGAAGAAGCUCAGGUACCCCGGAGGAAAGAAGGCGGAGAAGGAGGAUUACAAGACCAGAACUGGUAACCCCGGAAAGCCGCUCAACCCCUAUCUUGCUUUCGCCGAGGCUGUCAGGUCUGAGUUGCUUGCCCAGGUCGACGCCGACUUGCCACCUCUGCAACGAUCGCAGGCUGUGGCCAAGUUGUCUGGAGCCAAGUGGCUCGGUCUGAGCGAUGCGGAGAAGGAGGUUUACAAGUCCAAGCACAAGGAGCAGAAGGCCAUCUAUGAUGCUUGGGCCGAGACUCAGACAGACCUCAAGAAGGCUACCCCCAAGAAGCGAAGGUCCACCAGCCCGACUAAGAAGUGA